GGUGACACAGAGCCCACCUCUUCCUGUCGGUGUCAGUAAAGCAACUUCACCAUAUUUAGCUGGCUUGACGAAGCCUUGUAGUUAAUCUGACAACCAACCUGGAAACCUUGACACUUCACAGCGGAUACGGCGUCGUGUGGACAGCUCGGUGUUGGUACCAGGACACAAAAAAACCCAAGACGACGGUGUUGGAAUACCGAGCUUUCGAAGCGGAGACCGAGCUAACAGCUGCUUUUAUUCCCCAUAAAAGUCGCCGUCGUCUGUCAAAUAUCAGCAGAGCUAGCCAGUUAGCCGAGUACUUGGUGUCCUGACGCUUGUUGUUCUGUAAAUUCGAAUUUAUGUCAUGUCUUUUAGGGUUUAGAUAUAUUUAGAGACUCGUUUGAACUCGAUAACCCCGCUGUGAUGAUAUCCUGACAGCUCCUCUCGGCUGUUCCAACCCCUUUUUCUACUCCUCGCUAGCUAGCUAACUCUGCUAACUAGCAGCUUUUCCAUGUCAGCGUCGCGUCGAGCAGGCAAGUGAAUUCCGAUUUCAUACAUUGCCCGUGUGCAAACGGGGGCCUUGCAGGGGCUCUUAGGACCCUCGGUUCGUACUGUCAAUAAGGACAGGCGCCUUAGUGCUGCAGAGGCGCUGUUGUCGCGAAGGAGGCACCGGAGUUAACGGAGGACUUCUUUGACAUCUGUGAUCCGGGAAGUGAACCGGGCAGGGACCCCAUGAAUGGAAAUCGGAACUUCAGGAGCCGUUGGGCCCCAGGCCCUGUUCUCCAUGCCGCAGCGGCCUGGCUAUGGCACCAUGGGGAAGCCAAUCAAGCUGCUGGCCAACUGCUUCCAGGUGGAGAUCCCAAAGAUGGAUGUCUACCUCUACGAGGUAGACAUCAAGCCUGACAAGUGCCCACGACGAGUCAACAGGGAGGUGGUUGAUUCCAUGGUGCAGCACUUCAAGGUGACAAUCUUUGGAGAUCGGAGGCCAGUCUACGAUGGAAAGAAGAGUCUGUACACAGCCAACCCACUGCCUGUGGCACCCACGGGGGUGGACCUUGAUGUCACUCUUCCAGGUGAAGGAGGGAAAGAUCGGCCCUUCAAAGUUUCCAUCAAGUUUGUGUCUCUGGUCAGUUGGCACAUGCUUCACGAGGUGCUGACCGGACGGAGCAUGCCUGAGCCGCUUGAGCUGGACAAACCCAUCAGCACCAACCCCGUUCACGCUGUGGAUGUGGUCCUGCGACACCUGCCAUCCAUGAAAUACACUCCAGUGGGUCGCUCCUUCUUCUCAGCUCCAGAGGGCUAUGACCAUCCCCUGGGAGGUGGGAGGGAGGUGUGGUUCGGUUUCCAUCAGUCUGUGCGUCCUGCUAUGUGGAAGAUGAUGCUGAACAUUGAUGUAUCUGCCACCGCCUUUUACAAAGCCCAGCCAGUGAUCCAGUUCAUGUGUGAAGUGCUGGAUAUCCACAACAUAGACGAGCAGCCUCGGCCUCUCACGGACUCUCACCGGGUCAAAUUCACCAAAGAAAUCAAAGGUUUAAAGGUGGAAGUGACACACUGUGGAACCAUGCGGAGAAAGUACCGUGUUUGCAACGUGACCCGGCGCCCUGCUAGCCAUCAAACGUUCCCUCUACAGUUGGAGAACGGUCAGACUGUAGAACGUACUGUUGCUCAGUACUUCAGGGAAAAGUACAACCUACAACUCAAGUAUCCACACCUGCCCUGUCUACAAGUGGGCCAGGAGCAAAAGCACACCUACCUGCCUCUAGAGGUGUGCAACAUUGUAGCCGGUCAACGGUGCAUUAAGAAGCUGACAGAUAAUCAGACGUCCACUAUGAUUAAAGCCACAGCUCGCUCUGCACCCGACAGACAAGAGGAAAUCAGCCGGCUGGUGCGCAGUGCCAACUACGAGGCAGACCCCUUUGUGCAGGAAUUUCAGUUCCGAGUGCGCGACGAGAUGGCCCACGUGACGGGGCGAGUGCUACCCGCCCCCAUGCUGCAGUACGGCGGCAGGGUGAGCACAGAGCUCUUUAUGAACCGCACCGUAGCCACUCCCAGCCAUGGGGUGUGGGACAUGAGGGGAAAGCAGUUCCACACCGGGGUGGAGAUCAAGAUGUGGGCCAUUGCCUGCUUCGCCACACAGAGGCAGUGUCGGGAAGAAAUUCUCAAGGGUUUCACAGACCAGCUGCGUAAAAUCUCAAAGGAUGCUGGGAUGCCCAUCCAAGGCCAGCCCUGUUUCUGUAAAUACGCCCAGGGUGCAGACAGCGUGGAGCCCAUGUUCAGACAUCUGAAGAACACAUACGCUGGACUGCAGCUUAUCAUUGUCAUCUUACCUGGAAAGACUCCUGUCUACGCGGAGGUAAAGCGUGUGGGAGACACUCUUCUUGGCAUGGCCACCCAGUGCGUUCAGGUGAAGAACGUGGUGAAGACGUCCCCUCAGACCCUCUCCAACCUCUGCCUCAAGAUCAAUGUGAAGCUGGGAGGCAUAAACAACAUUCUGGUGCCUCACCAGCGACCAUCAGUGUUUCAGCAGCCAGUGAUCUUUCUGGGGGCAGAUGUCACACAUCCACCAGCUGGGGAUGGAAAAAAGCCUUCCAUUGCAGCGGUGGUUGGCAGCAUGGACGCUCAUCCCAGCAGAUACUGUGCUACUGUGCGUGUCCAGAGACCCAGGCAGGAGGUCAUCCAGGAUCUGGCCUCUAUGGUGCGCGAGCUGCUCAUCCAGUUCUACAAGUCGACCCGCUACAAGCCGACCAGGAUCAUUUUCUACAGGGAUGGAGUUUCAGAAGGCCAGUUCAGACAGGUGCUGUAUUAUGAGCUGCUGGCCAUCCGUGAGGCCUGUAUCAGUCUGGAGAAGGAGUACCAGCCAGGCAUCACGUACAUUGUUGUGCAAAAACGCCACCACACGCGCCUCUUCUGUGCCGAUCGCAAUGAGAGAGUUGGGCGCAGUGGAAACAUUCCUGCUGGUACCACUGUGGAUACGGACAUUACGCAUCCUUAUGAGUUUGACUUUUACCUCUGCAGCCACGCUGGAAUACAGGGCACCAGUCGGCCCUCCCACUACCAUGUACUGUGGGACGACAAUUGUUUUACCGCUGAUGAGUUCCAGCUGCUAACCUAUCAGUUGUGCCACACCUAUGUGCGCUGCACCCGCUCAGUCUCCAUCCCCGCGCCCGCCUACUACGCUCACCUGGUGGCUUUCCGGGCCCGUUACCACCUGGUGGACAAAGAACAUGACAGCGCUGAAGGCAGCCACGUGUCAGGUCAGAGUAACGGCCGGGACCCGCAGGCGCUGGCCAAAGCUGUUCAGAUUCACCACGACACCCUGAGGACCAUGUACUUCGCCUGAACCAACAGCUCUCUGCAGCCAUUGCCCCCGCCGUGUGACACACAAACACACACUUUCAGACAAACACAACGCCUGGUUUGCCAGUCAAGGAGUCCUCGCAGGUGCAUGUCCCACCCCCCCCACAUGCCUAGUCAAUCCGGACCUGACACUGUGCAGAAGAAAACAGGGAGGAGGGAGGGGAGGAGGCACCCCCACACUGGACUGAGGACCCAAACGCUGCUUUAAAAACAAACAAGACAAAAACUCAGCACUAUUAUGCAAUAUUAAACCAGCCAACUAUUUUAUUUCCACCCUUUUGAGGCCCCUUUAACGCCCCUCAGAUCUGUUUCCUUUACUUGUGACCCAGUGGGUGUUUUUAUUUUUAUUUUUUUAUUGUUUCUUCUUGUUACUUUUCCCCUCAUUUGACAGUCUGUCCCAGCAGUUUGUUUUAUUUUUCUUUUUAUUUCCUUUUACUGCAUCUGGUACCUCAUGUCUGUUGGAGCAGCAGCACUUUUAUAUUCUGUCAGAUAUACUGUUUGAUUUUAUUUUUUAAUUAUUUUCCUCCCGGGGUCUGAUAAGAGUUGUUAAGGCAUUUGGAGUGUAGUUUCACAGACUGUAGGUCCUCCAACUUGCUAUUUUUUUGGUCACUUUUCAUGAAUUGAAUGUCUGAAGCCACGUGUUCUUUUGAACACACUGCCACCUGCUGGCUCAGACUUGUAAAUGCUCCUUCAGUUUUAAAACGCAUCCCAUUUUUUUAGAGGGGUGCAGGUCAGUCACUCCUCACGUUUAAACAGUUCCUAUUGGCUGAUAAAUCACUUGUAGCCACGUUUUAAUUUUAAAUAGAAUUUGGAUGUCUCUUCUUUAUCAGGUCGGCCAUUUUUACCUUUUUUUUGGCUAUCAAUUUUAUUACUCAAUCAUGUGAGUCGAUUUUAACAUUGGCUGACGACACGCAUUAAUCCGACUAUAUGCUUUUCCCUUUUUCGUUUGAGAUGAUGAGUUAGGAGAGUCGGUGCCGAGGGUUUCCUUUAGUGCAAUAAGUAGAAUGAAGGGAAGAAGAUUUUAUGGGGUUUUUAUGACUCUGAGAGUUACACAUUUAAUCUGGAAAUGGGUGUAUUGAAAAAGAGACACAAAAACCUCGUUUUCUGAGUUUACCAUGGCUGUUAGGUUAGGCCAAAACGGUGCAACUUCAAUUUAGAUUUUAUUUUAAUUUAAAUUCAAAAAGACGAUGUUUAGUGGCCCCUUACUUUCAAAUGUUGAUCAUCAGUUUACCAGUUUGGUAACUUUUCCUUCUAACAGUGGCAAAGUGGGGGACAAAGGCCAUAAAGAGGUAGUAUUCAAGUGCCUGGAAGAAAAGUUUUGCUGUCAAAAUUGGUUCAACUUGUAAGAGAUUUCAUUUCAGUUGGUGAUCUAAACGCAUAUUUCAGCUAAUGCACUGCAAACGAGAAAGUUUCACCUGAUGCCUCUUCUUCUUAACGAUGGCCUGACCCUUUUUCAGCGCGUCUCCUUCAGAUCGGCUUCUUUCUUCACGUCUGAACAGUUGCGUUCUCUCCGCUUUACGUUCACUAGAUCUGCUGCUAAGCUACAAGGCGGGCGGGGUCCGUGGGCAUGGAGCGUCUUUUUUUUUUUUUUUUUUUUGAAGCGAGUAUCUCCUGCCCGUGUGACCAUCUGCAAAAAUCCCAGCUGAGGGAACCAAUAUUUUGCCGGCUGUUGGCGUAAAGUGUUUACGUGGAUUGCGGUCACCACAAAGCCCUUUAGGCGUCGACCUGAAACUUGUUGAGUGUUUUUUUUCUUGUUUUUAAGGAUAUCUGCACUAAAAGAAGCAUGUGUUUCCAGGCUGAACACAGGCAUGGUGCUACUUUGAGUAAGAACUUGAGCCUCUACGUUUGAGACUCUGAGCAUGGAGUUUAGUCAAAGGAGAAAAUAAACAGUAAACCUCACUAACUGAAGGACAGGAGAAAGUAAUUCUGCUAAGGUUCGUUCGUGCAAAGAUUUCUGCUUUUGUUUUCGGUUAGAUCGGCGUUUAGAGCUCGUGAAUGGUACAUUGGCAGACGAUCCCUUGAGCAGUGAGGUGUAACAUGAGCUUCUGCCUCUUGUACUGACAGCCUUCUGGUGUGGAGGCCAAGUGGAUUUGAGCCUUUAUUAUGUCACUAGUAUCUAAAAAGCCUUUUUAAAAAAAAAAGCCAGAUUGAAAGUAUAUUUGUACAUUUUAAAUUAUGUAAUGCACACCACUUAUUUUUGCUAACAAAAAAAAGUAGUCUAAUUAUUAAUCUUAGUAAUAAAUGUAUCGAGAUAAGUAAUGGUUUAAAAAAAAUAACGAAGUUUUAUUAUUACAAUGGACUGACUUGUUUCUGUGUCGCUGUAAAAUGUGUAGUUUCUGUGUGAACAGUGGUGCAGUCGUCGAAACUAGUGACGUGUGUUUGGACUGUUAUACUGUUAUCGAUGGGGAUUUCAACCUUUGAUGUACGGGAAAAAACUCUCAAGAUGCUGAACGCUUCUUUCUCUUCUCUUUCGUAAGAAGAUGGCGUUGCUAUGAAAACCUUUUGAAUUAAGUCUUCAUUAUUUUGUUUGACGUCACAACAGGAGACCAGGAGCAGAGCCGGUUGUUAUGCCGACCUAAGACUCUUGAAUGUUCUCGGUUUUCCUUCAAUUGGUGCUGAGGCCUGCUCCUUUUUUCUUUUUUUUUUUCAAAGAUGAGGUAGAGCGGAAACGACAAGUAGUUUUUGAAAGCUUCUGAGAUCCAUUUCAAAGGUUAA